AUGGCAGUCAAUCCGUCUCCGCCUUCCGCAGCCUUCCCUGCAUCGUCCCCUUUUUCCGCCUCCGCACCUUUUUCAUCCGCCAAUCCCCCCAUUUUCUCCGCUUCCGCGCCCGCGGAUCCCGCCGCGCCGUCCCCCGUCCGCCCGCACAAGCCCACCGGCCGGCACGGCGCGACCGACCAGCAACGCCGGCGCGAGCUCGCUCUGGAGCGGCAGCGCGCCGCGCGGCGGGACCUGCAACUGCACGCGCGCCACGUGGCUCUCGCCGCAACUGGCGCCGUGACUCUCGCUGACGAGGUCGAGGCGCGCGAGUCUGCCGCCGCAGCGCCAGAGUCGAGAGAAGUUUCGCCGCUGCUUCCAGAGAUAUGCGAGUUCGACGAGGCUUCGGGCCAAUGGACGAGGAUCGACCAAGAGGGGUUCAGAAUCGACGGCUCAGGGAGACGGAUCGAGCCAGUCGACCUAGGAUCUGACGCGUCUGGAUCUACCAGAGAACCCUUUGCUACUGGAGCGAGAAUCGAUGCUGCCGAAGGGGAAGGCACUGAGGAGGGGGGUGUGUUGGGAGGAGUGGGUAACGGGGAGGGGGUGUUUGGGAUGGUGCGUGAAGCGGGUGGGGAGGGUAUGGAGAUGGAUGGGGAUGGGGAUGGGGAUGGGGAGGGGGAGGGGGAGGAGGAUGGUGGGGGCGUUGUGGGGAUUGAACAGGAGAUGAGGGGGUUGUUUGUGCCGCGUGGUGAGGCUAGGGGGAGAAGAGGGAAAGGAGGAGCAGGAGGAAGGGGAGGAGGGAGAGGAGGUCGAGGGGGGAGAGGAGGGGUUGAUGAUAAUGUAGAUGGUGCGGAUAAAGGGGUGACAGACGGUGCAAGGGAGUGGUAUGCGCAGCAGCUUAUGCUGCCCGAGUGGAUGGUCGACGUCCCACCUCGACUUGCCUCUGAUUGGUUCGUGAUGCCGCGGCCGGACGGGCGGCGUUGUUUGGUGGUAUCUGCAAAUGGCACCACCGUUAGCCGCCUGCGCAACGAUCGAAUCCUCCACCGCUUCCCCUCUCACCUGCCCAACGGUGCCAGGGCGCCUGGUAUCGCUGCUGGCGCGCACGUCUACUGCAUCCUGGACUGUAUUUUUCAUGAGCCCAAUAACACAUACUACGUGCUGGACGUGAUGGCAUGGCGCGGCUAUUCUCUCUACGACUGCACGGCCGAGUUUCGUCUCUUCUGGCUGCAAACGCACCUGCCGCAGUGCGGUGCCUGCGACCCGCCCUCCCACUUCCACCGUUUCCGCUUCGCUCCCGUGCCGUUUUUUGAGUGCCACUGCCAAGGGCUCGAGGCUGCUUACUGUGGGUGGAGAGAGGUUGGGGGAGGGGCAGUGGGGGCAGGAGGGACAGCAGGGGCAGGGGAGGCAGGGGAGGCAGGGGGAGCAGGGGGAGCAAGGGGGGAGAUGGGGGGAGUUGAGGGAGCAGGGGUAGGGGGAGCAGCAGCAGGAGGGGGGUUAGCAGCGACAGUGGCUGGUGGCAGUGCCAAUGGUGGUGCCUCGGUGCCAACGACUGCACUAGUGGAGUUCACUCGCGAUGGGCUGCUCUUCUACAACCGGCAUUCGCACUACACGUUGGGCCUCUCACCCCUGGUGCUGCAGUGGAAGGAUGCAGCGUGCAGUCGGUUUGUCAUAGACACUGAUGGGGCGGGGAAGAUUCCGGAGCAGCAGCAGGUGGUUCUCCUGCUCGCAGCAGACGGCUCUCUGGUGACAAGCGACGACCCUCCAGUGGUAUUUGGCUCCCUGCCCCCGCACACUCUCAAUGAUCCCUCCCUGCACCUGCGCCCCAACAAGCUGCUACGCUUCGCCAUAGACCCGGGUGGGUUGUACCUGGGGCAGGGCCGAGUGGUGGGGGCAGACCUGCUAUUUGCUUACCCUCCGUGCUCCUCUCUGUUUUUGUCCUUCCCCAUCCCAGCCCUCCCUGCACCUGCGUCCCAGCAAGCUUCUGCGAUUUGCCGUAGGUGGUGGGUGGUGGGGGCGGACCUGCUGUUUCAGGGCGCAGCCAACCAGAGGCGAGGUGGCGCUGAUAGCUGCUCCAAGGAUCACAAGAUGUGGGAUGCGUGCUUGGUGCGGGUGGUGGGGGCGGACGGGCUAUGGGACAUGGGAGGUGGGUUAGGAUCACAAGAUGUGGGAUGCGUGCUUGACGUGCUGCUGCAGGGCGCAGCCAAUCAGAGGCGAGGCGGCGCCGAUAGCUGCUCCAAGGUGGGAAUGAGGGUGCUGGCCGUGCCAUGUGUAAUGGGUUUUCUCUUUCUCUUCCUGCACAUUUCCAUCCCUCCUCCUGUGAUUGCAGAUCCUGUUUCAGAGCAUUGCGCUGCGCUCAUUCAGCUCCGCCAUGCCUGUGCGCCUCCCCUUCUUCUCCGCCCCAAGCGGGCCUGCGCGUCAGAUUUCCGCCGUUGCGCACAGUCAGUACGGCGGUUUGGGUCCCACCUCGCGCUUGGAUUCCCCUCGUCCCAGUGCGCCAAGUGCGCCCCAGUGCGCCAAGUGCAAGUGCGGCGCCCCACUACACCCUUGCGUGCCAGUGCCUUCCUCCGCACCCAUCACCAUGCGCUCGUGCAACCUGCUCCCCCACUACUCCCCCUCAUGCUCCCCCGGCCGCACCACCUCGGGCGCUCUCCCGACGAUCACUCGAGCCCCUUUUUUCGCGCCCGUCCCUCCGAUUCGGGGCAAACCUGCUGCGCCGCUCACCCCAACCGUCGUCGCAUCCUGCGCUCGUCCGACCUGCUUCCCCACAUCCUCCCCUACAUGCUCCCCCGCCCCUCCCUCUCCGCCUCCUGCGCUCUCCCCGCGACGGCCCCACUUGCGCGCCUCUAUCCGACGCAACGUGUUCGAUCCAAAGGGAUGGACGCAAUGGCGCCGAGUGAGGAGCGUCAGGAAUCAUGUGGAACGAUGCUGGAUGGCAGCAGGGUGACGGUGGGCGUGCUGUCCAAGUGGGUGCACAUCGGCCGGGGGUGGGCGCCACGGCUCUUCCUUCUCAGACAGCACCACCUCCUCUACUUCAAGCUCCGUGGCAGCUCCACGGCUGCGAUGAUCCGGAAGCUCCAGCAGCGGUACAAUUGUGUGGCUCUUAUAGGGAGGGCCGUUUCGGACCUGAUUGGUGACUAUAACGAAGGGAUGUUGCGCCAGGGGGAUGAGGAGGAGGGAAAGGGGGUUGGAGAAGGUGGGGAUGAGGAGGAGGGUGGGGGUGAGGGUGGGGAUGAGGAGGAGGAUGAGGAGGAUGCGGAUGAGGGAGAGGGUGGGGAUAAGCUCCUGGCGGCAUCCCCUAGGCGCAGCCCCCUGGAGAGCUGUGGUUAUGGAGGGGGGAGGAUGGAGGGCGAGGAGGGCGAGGUGGGAGAGGAGGGAGGGGAGGGAGAAGAGGGUGCGGUUGGUGACUCAAAACUGGAUUCGUUUCCCUCACAUUUCCUCCUCCCUCACAUUUCCUCCUCCCUCACAUUUCCUCCUCCCUCACAUUUCCUCCCUCACAUUUCCUCCUCCCUCACAUUUCCUCCCUCACAUUUCCUCCCUCACAUUUCCUCCCUCACAUUUCCUCCUCCCUCACGGACCUCUUCCACCCAAUCCCAUUCCAAACUCCGUACACUCCCCUCCUCACCUCAAACUCUCCUCCAGAUCUCCUCUCUGCGUCCCAGCCGCAGCGACCCCACCAAGUUCUAUCUUGCCACGUCAGCACGCACGCUCAUCCUGUGUGCUGAGUCAGCAGAAGACCGCUCCCUCUGGCUGCAAGCUAUCGAGGUGUGA